GGUUGGACGCGAAGGUUUUGGCGGCAGGCCUGCUACGUCAUAGCCCCGCCUCUUCCGCGUUUCCCUCCAAUCAGCGUGGUUCGCCAGCCGGAAGUUUUGAAGCGAGCCGUACGCGGGAAUCCACUCCAGGCUCCGGCUGCACCGCAGAGAAGCUCUGUGGCCUUCGCUGAAUCCACUUGGUUCUCCUCCGUCACCGACGAGUGUGACGCUCGAGUCCUACCGGCCGCACCCGUGUCAAACAGCUGCUCAGAAGGAUGAAGGUGGUGACGUGUGAGAUCGCCUGGCACAACAGGGAGCCCAUCUACAGCCUGGACUUCCAGCAGAGCCGCGACAGUCGCCUGUGUCGCCUGGCCACCGCCGGCGUGGACACCACCGUCAGGCUGUGGCGGGUCGACGUCGGGCCGGACGGGAAGGCGGCAGUGGACUUCCUGUCCAACCUGGCGCGACACACCAAGGCCGUCAACGUGGUGCGCUUCAGCCCGAGCGGGGAGCUGCUGGCGUCGGGAGGAGACGACGCAGCGAUCCUUCUGUGGAAGCUGAACGACUCGAAGGAGCCGGAGCAGACUCCCGGGUUCCAGGAGGAGGAGGACGCCCAGCUGAACAAAGAGAGCUGGACGGUGGUGAAGACGCUGAGGGGUCACAUCGAGGACGUGUACGACAUCUGCUGGACCCGCGAUGGAAACCUGAUGGUGUCUGGCUCGGUGGACAACACCGCCAUCAUGUGGGACGUCAACAAAGGUCAGAAGCUGUCCAUCCUGAACGACCACAAGAGCUACGUGCAGGGCGUGAGCUGGGACCCUCUGGGCCAGUACGUGGCCACGCUCAGCUGCGACAGGGUCAUGCGCGUGUACAGCACUCACACCAAGAAGAAGGUCUCCAGCACCAGCAAGCUGUCGUCCGGCUCGCCUGCGGAGGGAGAGGUCAAGCAGCACAGGAUGUUCCACGAUGACAGCAUGCGCUCCUUCUUCCGACGUCUCUCCUUCACACCAGACGGGUCCUUCCUGCUGGCUCCAGCGGGCUGCGUGGAGGUCGGGGAGAACAUCAUCAACACCACCUACGUCUUCUCCAGGAAGAGCCUCAAAAGGCCGCUGGCUCACCUGCCGUGCCCCGGCAAGGUCACCCUGGCGGUGCGCUGUUGUCCCGUCUACUUCGAGCUGAGGAGCAGGACAGGAGAAGACGGCUGCAGCCAGAACGUGCUCCAGCUCCCGUACCGCAUGGUGUUCGCUGUGGCCUCGGAGGACUCGGUGCUGCUGUACGACACGCAGCAGACGCUGCCCUUCGGCCUGGUGUCCAACAUCCACUACCACACGCUCAGCGACCUCAGCUGGUCUGGGGACGGCAGCUUCCUGGCCGUGUCGUCCACGGACGGCUACUGCUCCUUCCUGUCCUUCGCCCCCGGCGAGCUGGGGACGCCGCUGAAGGAGCCGCCCGCCCUGGAGCUCUUCACGCCCGUCACUGCUGUGGAGAAGAAGCCCCGGAGGGCCCCCAAGACCUCGCCCCCUGCGGUGCCCCGGCCCAGCCUGGCCAGAGACGCCACGCCGGAGGAGAAGCUGACGCCGGGCACCAAGGCCCGACCGCAGCCUCGGAAGGUGGCCCUCAACACACUGGAGGCCUGGGGCCGGCCGCAGAGCUCCAGCGCCCCCUCCACACCCAACUCCUGCAGACUCCAGCCGCGGGGGCCCCCCCUCACCCCCACCUCCCCCGGCAACUGCUCCAACAGCCCUGCGCCCAGAACCCCCAAGAGCACCCCCAAAGCUCCUGUUCCCAGGCGAGUGUCCCUGACUCCUGUUGCCUCCCACUCCGUGGCGUCCCUCUUCAAGACCCCCUCCUCCACAGAGAAGGCCAAACACGAGCGACCGUCUCCUCCCUCCGACCCGGUCCUCCAGCCUCCAGAGUCCAAGCGACCCAAGACGGGUGACGCCGGCGAGAAGGGCGGCGAGCGCAGCUGACGACCUGCUGCUGUCCAGCCACAAACAAGAGAGUGUUUUGGAAACGUGUGAAUGUCUAUAAAUCUGUUUGGUAUUAAAGU